AUGGCUAUCCUCCGCAGAAUUUUCUCGAGGCGAACACUCGCGUACGCGACAGGAGGCACGGUGCUCAGCGCCGGCGCAUGUUAUUGGUACCUCAACUCAGGACCUGCCUAUCCUCUGUCCACCAAGGAGCAGCGCAGGCCGCCACCGCCAUGGACCCCACCUUCGCGGGCUGAGAUGCUCAAACAGCUCAAGGCGUCUGGCGCGAUCAAGACGCAUGGCGAGCCUGGUGAGGAGUUUGACUUGCUCAUUGUUGGCGGAGGCGCUACCGGUGCUGGGGUUGCCGUUGAUGCUGCUAGUCGAGGGCUGAAGGUUGCUUUGGUGGAAAGAGACGAUUUCAGUGCUGGAACGUCAUCUAAAUCGACAAAACUUGUUCAUGGCGGUGUGCGGUACCUCCAGAAAGCCGUUUUUGAACUGGACUACGAUCAGUACAAACUCGUCCGCGAGGCUUUGCACGAACGCAAAAUUUUCUUGCAGACUGCGCCUUAUCUAUCCAACAUGCUGCCGAUUAUGUUGCCGAUUUACAAGUACUGGCAAAUCCCGUAUUAUUAUGCAGGGUGCAAGAUGUAUGACGUUCUAGCUGGGAAGGAGAACAUGGAGACGUCGUACCUCAUGAGCAAAGGGAAGGCGUUGGAGACUUUUCCUAUGCUUAAGAGUGAGGGUCUCGUUGGCGCUGUGGUUUACUAUGAUGGACAACACAACGAUUCUCGGAUGAACAUUGCCCUGAUAAUGAGUGCUGUCAAGCAGGGAGCUAUCGUCGCGAACUACUGCGAGGUUACGAAACUGAAUAAAGAUGAGUCUGGGAAGCUCACCGGUGCACGGGUCAAGGAUGCUCUCACUGGUGAAGAAUGGGAUGUUAAAGCCAAGGGUGUCAUUAACGCAACCGGCCCAUUCUCUGAUACCCUCCUCUCUCUUGAUGACCCAAAUCACCAGCCCAUCGUGCAACCAUCGUCCGGAGUUCACAUUACCUUGCCCAACUACUACUCCCCUCGUAAGAUGGGCUUGUUAGACCCCGCCACCUCAGACGGACGUGUGAUCUUCUUUCUUCCCUGGCAGGGCAAUACUAUAGCUGGGACCACAGACACACCAGCUUCGGUGGAACGUGACCCAGUCGCAUCAGAGGAAGACAUCCGCUGGGUCUUGGAGGAAGUCCGUUCGUACUUGUCCCCUGAUAUCAAAGUCCGCCGUGGAGAUGUCCUCAGCGCGUGGAGUGGGCUCCGGCCUCUCGUGCGCGAUCCCAGGGCAGCCAGCACUGCGGGUCUUGUGAGGAAUCAUAUGAUUUAUGUUAGUGACAGUGGACUCCUCACGAUCGCUGGUGGAAAGUGGACCACGUACAGGGCCAUGGCGCAGGAGACGGUGGAUGAGGCUGUCAAGGUUUUCGGGCUUGAAGGGCGCGUGAAGAGUGGAUGUGUGACGGAGAACUUAAGAUUGGUGGGUAGCGAUGGGUGGAGUAGGAAUAUGUUCAUUGGGCUGAUCCAGACUUAUGGUCUGGAGAGCGAAGUUGCUAGGCAUCUCUCCGACAACUAUGGUGAUCGUGCAUGGACUGUCUGCUCUCUUGCAGAACCCACUGGCGAGAGCUGGCCUCUGUACGGAAAGCGUCUUGCACCUCAAUACCCGAUCAUCGACGCAGAAGUGCGAUAUGCCGUCCGUCACGAAUAUGCCCUUUCUGCCAUUGAUGUUCUCGCCCGCCGUACCCGUCUUUCCUUCCUCAAUGCACACGCCGCCCUCGAUGCCCUUCCUCGGGUCGUCGAUAUCAUGGCAGACGAGCUCAACUGGUCCAAAGCAGAGCGCAAAAGGCAAACUAAGGAUGCCGUCCAGUUCCUUCAAAGCAUGGGCCUUUCACCCGCGUACAUGGCGCACGAAGUUGCAUUCGCACCUUCCCCAAAGAAACAGAAGAGGACGAAGAUUCCUGUUGAGAAGAGUGGUGGAGGUGUUUAA